AUGCAUCGGGCCUUGCGCUCGCAGCAACGCGUGCUGCAGAGCCUUUCAGCUACGCCUUCCACGUCUAGAUGCGCCUCCUCGUCCGUUACCCGCUACUUCCACGCGUCUAGUGCAGCUCUGGCGGGAGGACGGCGCACCACGUCGGACGACUCGGAAGCUGCACUGGCCCAGCAGAUGCUGGACUUCUUGAAGCUCGCAGAGGAGGAGGAGCUCUCUCCUACAACAGACGAACCACUAUCCACAGUGCAGGCUGAACUACCAGUCAGCGGCGUGGUUAUGGGCGUACAGAACGGACUUGCGCGCGUGUCGGGGCUGCGUCACGCCACCAUCGGCAGCGUCGUCGACAUCUCGGAUGCUUCGGGGCAGUCUGUAAGCCAGGGACUUGUGCUCUUUAUGGAGAAGAAGGUGGUGCACGUAGCGUUACUAAACGCCAGCAGAACUCACCCCGUGGGCAAAGGUAUGGACGUAACACUGCAACGCGAGCAGCUCGAGAUCCCUGGCAGCGUCGCGGCAUUCGCCGGCGCAGUCGUGGACCCGUUGGGUCGAGCCGUGCAGUUUGACGAGCAGGAAGAACAGCAGAAACAGGACAACGCAGCCAGUGACCGCGUCAAGGUUACGUGGGGUGCACAGAGCGUUCCUGGACUCAUGACCCGUGCGCCUCUGCGCUCUCCGUUCGAGACGGGCUUGCUGGCUGUAGACUGUCUGCACCCCAUGGCCCACGGCCACCGCUUUGGAGUGUUGGGACCGAAGAACUCUGGCAAGACGCGCGUGGCGCUAGACGUCAUCGCACACCAAGUAGCGAAGGCCAAAGCACGCGGAGAAGUUCCGCCACAGUUUGUCUACGUGUGUAUCGGUAAGAGCACGUCGAGGAUUCACCAGAUUCGCGACGCGUUGAGAGUCACAGGAGCGCUGGAACACACGACGAUCAUCGCCGCUAGCGACCGCGACUCGCCCGUACUGCAGUACCUGGCGCCGUUCACAGGCUGUGCCGUAGCAGAGUUCUUGAUGUACAACGGAAAGUCUCCGAGAAGUGUCGUGGUGUACGACGACUUGGCUACACACACGACAGUAGUUGAGGGACUCGUACAGGCGCUGCGUCUGCCGCGUGUCGCCCAGAUUAGUCUCAGUGCACACGCUGUGCUUAUGGAACGCUCCGCCCAAUUCAAAGGAGCCACACGGAAGGAGACAGGCCCAUCGCUCACGUCGCUCGUGCUUGUCGAUGCCCCCGACAGUCUGCAGGUCCCGUCCGAGUUCCAGGAACGGGUGACGUCGCUCGUUGACGACUACGUUGGUCUUGAGUCGUUACUGGCACGCAGUCGCGUGUUCCCUCCUGUGAAUGUCUUGGCGCCCGGUGCGUCCGUGCGUGGCCCUCCUUUCCAAUCCGCCACACGCUGGACGUUCGUCAGUCGUCUACGUGCGCGAAUUAACGCUGCGGCGCAGGUGAAGCAGAACGUGGAAGUAGCUCGCAAGUUGGGCUUCGAGACGGAGCCGGAAGACGCAGAGACGCUGGAGUUCUUGGAGCUGGUGCAGCAGUUCUUCACGCAGAAGCCUUUGCUGUCAACGACGAUGGCAGAGCCUGAACAAACGGCCCCCACAGAGCUGGAGACGGAGCUAGGCGCUUUCUUCCUGACUAUUGUGGACGUGGCGCAUCUUCCUGGUAGUGAGGGUGUCGAGGACGCACCGUUGAACCUGUGGGAAUUCCUGCACAACGUCGUAGCCACGUUGUCUCGUGACGAGAACUCGGAUAUUCUGCAUCAGUUGACGACACCCUCGCGCUCGAAGGCUUGGUCGUUGGAUCUCCAAGAAAAUUUGGCCUUGGCGCUGUUCGAAGAGCUUGAGGCAAUCAAGCAACGUCGAACGCAGGAGUACAAGGAAGAACAAGCUAAGCGCAAACAAUACCUGCGCAAACUUCAGGAACGCAAAGCUGACCAGACGAAGGCUUAA